AAUGGUUAAAAACUCAGCAUAAGACCCAUAAGAUAAUUCCUUAUAAAUGAAAGUACAUAAGAAGAAUAAAAUCUUUAGAUUAGACAAUACUUGGUCUCAGGUAGAAGACUCCCUUCAAAAGAAGAUCCUAAUCCAAAAGUUAUUAGCAUGAGAAUAUUUGCAAGAAAUACAGUUGCUGCAAAAAGCAGAUUCUGGUAUUUAAUUAAUGCAAUAUUCUAGGUGGAAUUUAAGAAGAUUAAAUAAACUUAAACCUUCUCAUGGUUAGAUUUUAGCAGUUUAAGAAUUAUUUGAGAGAAGAGACACAAAUGUCAAAACUUACGGAAUAGUUCUUAAAUAUUAAUCCAGAACAACUAUCCACAAUAUGUAUAAGGAAUUUAGAGAUACUACAUUGAAUGGUGCUGUCUCAUAAUUAUGUAUCAACAAAUAGUGACUUUUCUAGAUUAGGAAAUGGCAGGAAAUCACAGAGCUUAACCAUAAACUAUACACAUUCUCAGAACUUCAGUUUUAACAAAGAGUGCUGAUAUCAAGAGAGGAAAGACUAAUUAAUACAGAGUAUAAUAAAUCACAAAUUAUAUAGGGAGAUUCAAUUAGAUUCCCAAUUGUUAAGACAGUUCCAAGAGCUAGUCAUAAGAAAUUCAGAACCGUAUUUAAAGCCAAAAGACCAAAUCUAUACAGAUCAUGAUC